AUAGGGUUGUUUCUUCCCUUGCCUUCCAUGUUCCAUACCACAAACCAAUUACAUCUCGUACUUGGAAGAACGCCACAUUCUGUUACUCCCCUUUUCCUUCACUUGACUUGUGAAUCUUGUACGGAUACUGUAAAACACGCCGGAAAGUUGGCCCUGCAUGCGUAUCAGCCGGGACGAGCCAGCCCGAGGGCCAUGUGGCCUCCGUGCCACUAGGCUUCCUUCUACGGAUGCUUCCAACCAUCCGUAUUUACAAGUGCUUCAUCUCAAUCAGCAAUCCAUCGAAGAAUGUAUAUAGUUGGUGGUAUCUUUUGGGCAGAACACAACCCAACGUGGAAAUCCCAAGUCUCCAAAAACACUGGCGAUCUCCCUCACCGCCUUUGUCCUCGACCCCUCCCCCUCCGUCACACUUGGCCCUGCCCGCCGAGCGGCCCCACACCGUGACCACCCCAACCAAAUCGGCCAAGUUGGCCAGCCUGACGACCUUGUGGGCUGCGUCAGGGCUUGUGUACCUUACGCAACGUUACGAGUAUAGUACGUAUGUAGAUGGUGGCAAGCACACACACAACAUUCCUCUAAUCGCCAACCAGAAUUCCUUACAAAAAAAGGUAAUACUACGCUCGGUCUGGGACACGGAUCAUGGCCAACCGGACUGUCUACUUAGGCAGUUACCUAACCUCUAACUGGUGAAUCCAGCUGAUCCUUCAAUCUCGAUCGAUCAAACCAGGCAGAUAUAUUGCCAGGGGUUAACCUCAGUUCUUCGACUCAACGUUGAAGAACCGGGAUUGAUACACUGAGGACCGACAGCCAACAGGAGGAGGGUCCCAGACGAUCCUGAUAUGGAUGGAACCCCUAUUUACACGCCAUUUUCCCGCCCUUAAACCAUCUCACAGUAGAU